AUGGUGUUCUCUACACCAAAUCAGGGAUGUGAUGCAAAUAGAUGGGGAAGAAACAAAAUCUUUGCACUCCAAGUCCUUAAAGGGAGGUGGUUCAUGGUGUUUUCUUCAUUUAUGAUAAUGUCAGUAUCAGGAGCCAGCUACAUGUUUAGCCUUUACUCAAGAGAAAUCAAGUCAGUUCUAGGCUACGACCAAUCCACUCUCAAUUUGUUGGGCUUCUUCAAAGACUUGGGUUCCAACAUUGGUAUUCAUUCAGGCCUAAUCAACGAGGUCUCACCACCUUGGGUUGUCUUAACUAUUGGUGGGAUUCUCAAUUUUUUUGGGUAUUCUAUGAUUUGGCUUACUGUGACCAGAAAAAUUGCAAAACCCCAACUGUGGAACAUGUGCUUGUACAUCUUUAUUGGAGCCAAUUCUCAUUGUUUCACCAACACUGGAACUCUAGUUACCACUGUCAAAAAUUUCCCUGGAAUCAGAGGCAUUGUAUUGGGAAUUUUGAGUGGGUAUCUGGGUUUGAGUGCAGCAAUCAUCCCUCAGCUAUACUAUGCCUUCUAUGGAGAGGACUCAAAAUCUCUAAUUUUGCUUAUGUCAUGGCUACCAACUGCUACAAUUUUUGUUUUCCUACCAGUAAUCAGGAACCACAGGGGUAUUCAGCAGCCAAAUGAUUCAAAAGCCUUGUAUAGGUUCCUCUACUUAACACUAGUCCUUUCAGUGUUUCUCAUGAUUAUAAUCAUAGCGCAGAAAUGUUUCACCUUCACAGAGAGUGAGCAUUAUAUCACUACCACCGUGAUGCUUCUCUUGCUAAUCCUUCCACUUGGUGUUGUUAUUGUGGAAGAGCACAAGAUUUGGAAGAGCAAACAAGAACACAUCAAUUCUGAAGACCCUCCAAAGCCCAUGAAUGUAAGCAUAGAAAAGCCUAAUCAAGAGAAGCCUGCACAGGCUCCCCAUUCAGAACUAACUAACCAAAAACGAGUUUCAUGUUGGCAAAACAUACUCAGGCCCCCGGAUAGGGGUGAAGAUCAUACAAUACUUCAAGCCAUUUUUUGCCUUGACAUGGUGAUUCUUUUCUUUGCUAUUAUAUGCGGAGUUGGUAGCAACCUGACUGUGGUAAAUAACUUAAGUCAAAUUGGAAAAUCUUUAGGAUAUCCUGCACAAACUAUAAGUACAUUUAUUUCCCUUAUGGCCAUUUGGAUCCAUCUAGGUAAAAUUGGACAAGGGGUUGUCUCGGAAUUUAUCAUAAACAAAUUUAAACUCCCUAGGCCAAUCAUGCUCACAAUGUUCCUUGUAUUAUCUUGUUUUGGUCACCUUUUAAUUGCAUUCAACGUCCCAAAUGGUCUCUAUGUAGCCUCAAUUGUUAUUGGGUUCUGCUUUGGGGCAAACUGGCCUUUAAUAUUUUCUAUCAUAUCUGAACUUUUUGGUCUUAAAUAUUACUCAACAUUGUACAAUGUUGGGUCAAUAGCAAGUCCAAUUGGAUCAUACUUGCUGAGUGUAAGGGUUGCAGGGUAUCUGUAUGACAGGGAAGCAAGAAAGCAAAUGACAUCAUUGGGGCUAAAGAGAAAGGCAGGGGAGGAGUUGAACUGCAAUGGGGGUGAGUGCUACAAAUUGGCUUUCAUUAUAAUCACUGCAGUUUGCUUGUUAGGGGCUCUUGUGUCACUCAUUCUGGUGCAUAGGACUAGAGAGUUAUACAAAAGUGACCUAUACAAGAAAUUCAGAGAAGAAGCUAGAACAGCUGAAACUGAAAUGGCCAGGUCUCAGAACAGCAUUGGACCACAUACUGCUAAUGAUGGCUAA